UGAGAAGUAUUUUGUUGGGGCUGCUGACACAUCAUUUUUAAUAAAAUAAAUCUAUAUUGUAUUCAUCUCCAUACCUUAUCGCCAAAACAACACUCGAGAAGAGAUAAUGGAGCUAUCCGCGGAAGGUAAAACUCCAGAAUACAUGGCGCUGGCUGGCAUCAAAUUCAAACUUUCCUUGCCUGAAUUGAAAGGCAAUACUCAGUUGAAAGAGCAACUACUACAAGGUAUAAAGGCUGGGAACAUGGCUCCAUAUUACAAAGAAGUGUGUACAGAUUUGGGAUGGCAAUUUGAUCAGAAAUUGUAUGAUGAUAUGGCAAAAGAGAAUCAAGAAAAACUAUCCAAGUUCGAGGAGGAUGAUUCUGAAACUCCAGUGUGGCAUGACAGGUUGGAAUACCUUUGUUCCAUCGGAGAUAAAGAGGCUGCCACGGCACUGGCCACAUCCAAGUAUGAAGAUUCGACUCUUACAACCAACAGAAGACUAGAUGCCAUUUUUGCAAUGUUCAGAAUUGCUUACUUCCAUGGGUGCAAUGUUAAAGAAAUGGAAAAAGCUAUUAACAAGGCCCAUGAACUCGUAGACAAAGGCGGUGAUUGGCGUUCAAGAAACAAGCUGAAGGCAUACGAAGCAAUCUACUGCCUGGCUGUCAGAGAUUACAGUCAUGCGGCUGACCUCUUUAUUGACUGUGUCUCUACAUUUGAGUCUUAUGAGCUUGUUGAUUUUGGUGUCAUAAUCCAAUAUUGCGUAUUAGCAUGUGCAUUGGCCCUGGAGCGGCACGCGUUGCAGGCAGCGCUCCGUCGACAAGGAGCUGCAGUACAGGCGCUGCGCUCGCGCUUCCCCGAGCUCCGAGAACUAGUGGAGUCACUACAUGAGUGUCGAUAUGCUGACUUCUUCAAAAGUCUAGCUUGGGUGGAGACUCAAAUCUGCGUGGACCCCGUGUUUAGACCGCAUUAUCAACACUAUGUGCGGGAGGCUCGUAUCAAGGCCUACGUGCAGUUACUACGCGCAUAUCGCUCGCUCAGUCUUGACAACAUUGCCGACACUUUUGGAGUUACUAGGGAGUUUGUCGAGGAGGAAAUUUCCAACUUCACUGCAGCAGGUCGCCUACAAUGCCGCAUUGAUGCAGUCGCAGGCUGCGUAGUAACGGGCGCAGGACGCGGCGCAGAUGCCGAUCGCUCACAGCUCUACCAAGCCACCAUCCGCGAAGGAGAUUUGCUCCUUAAUCGCGUCAAGAAAUUAGCCAGCGUUAUUAAUUUCUAACCUAGUUUUAAGUAGCUAUUUUUGUAGAUUGUGGUUUCUUACAAUGCUUUUAGAGACCACCUGUGAAUCUGUAAAACUUAGAAUUUAUAGUUAAUACUAUGAAAGGAAUACCUACAAAACCUGGUCUAAAUUUUAACCGUAAUUCGCUACAUAAUUGUCUAAUUAAAUAAAUUACUC